CGCUGGUGACGCCAAGCGGGAUAACAAAAAAAAAAAAGGAACUACAUUUAAUAAUUUAAACAAACUAAACGCCAUGGGAGUCUUUAUUUUUUUCCUAUACAUUCAUCAAAUAACCUGUUUACCAAAGUCGAAAAGGGAGGCAGGACGAGUUUAUUCAAAGUGUGGAUAAAUACAGCGCCGAUAGAAAAACGAAGCAGUGAGGGAGGGAGCCAGAGAGCGCGGAAUACAGAGCUUGCAGCGCAGAGGAGGGGAGCCCACUGCAGCGUGUGGGGACUGGGAAUGUGCGUUUAUGCUGGUAAAUGUGCACUGUGAUGUUGUAAUCCUGUGUCUGUGAUGGAUGUUGAAAAAUUGUAACAAAUUAGCAGUGAACUGAACAAUUGAAACACAACGGAGAAGGCUGCAGAAGGCAAAUUAAAAUUCAGAUUAUAUUUCCUGAUCUCCAUCAGUGCUCGUAAAAUGGCAAGCAAGAGAAAAUCCACAACACCAUGCAUGGUCCUCCCAAUGCAAACUGAGGAGCAGUACCCAGAUCUGGACAUGGAGGAAGGGCUUGAGGUGCAAACUGAAGUUCCUGUUGAGAAUCCGGUUGCUGUUGCUGCAGAAAAUGUUUCCAGUGAGGAGGACGUGCCUGAAACAGAUAAUUUAUUAGACACAGAUUCAAAAAGGAUUGAAGGAGGCUAUGAGUGUAAAUACUGCAGCUUUCAGACGACAGAUCUCAACAUGUUUACAUUUCAUGUUGAUUCUGAGCAUCCAACUGUGGUUUUGAACUCUUCUUAUGUCUGUGUGGAAUGUAACUUUUCGACCAAGAGAUAUGAUGCCCUCUCGGACCACAACCUACGCUACCACAACAAGGAUGACAGUUUCAUGCUGACAAUGGUGAAACGCAACAACCAGACAGUCUUUGAGCAGACGGUCAAUAACCUCACCUUUGAUGGCAAUUUUGUGCAGCAGGUUAGAGAAGAUGCGAUGGCAGUGGGAAUUCCAUUCAGCAAAACCCCAAUAAUGAAAAUGAAGAACAAAGCCGAGCCCAAGAGGAUUGCUGUGACACCUAAAGCUGCUGGUGACCUUGAAGUCCACGAAGAAAGUGAAAGUGAGCAAGAGGCUAAAGAAGUGCCGGCUGUUGAUAUGCCAGAUAUCGAUAUGCCAGCUAUCGAUAUACCUGCUGCAGUUAUGCCGGCUCUUGAUACGGCAGCUAUUAUGCCCACUCUUGAUAUGCCAGCUGUUAUUACGUCAGCUGUUCUUAAGCCCACUGUCGAUACACAAGCUGUAUCUACAGUAGGCUUAAGUAUGCCCAGUCCGGUUGAAAUGCCUGUACCACCGGCACCGGAGGAACCUGCAAAGCCAAGCGUUGUCAUCAACCCUCCGCCACAGGAUUUAAACAAGACAAUAAUCAAUACUGCCACAGUUCUCCCUGCAGGGUUGGCCCAGGUUCUGUCUGCUCUGCAGAACCAACAAAGCUCCAGAACUCAAGUUUUGAUCCCUGUCAGCAGCAUUCCAACCUACAAUGGCUGUAUGGACAACAACGCUGUGCUGGUUAACACCUACAACAAAUUCCCUUACCCAACACUAUCUGAGAUUGUGGGGCUGUCAUUCCAGACCAAGUUCACAGAGGAGCAGAUAAAGAUCUGGUUUUCCGCCCAGCGCCUUAAGCAUGGAGUUAGUUGGACGCCAGAGGAGGUGGAUGAGGCCAGGAGAAAGCAUUUCAAUGGCACAGUGCACACCAUGCCACAGACCAUCACAGUCAUUCCAGCACACCUCUCAGGCGACAGAAAUGGUCUCCAGCCUAUCCUUCAGACCUGCCAAAUAGUAGGUCAGCCAGGCCUUGUUCUGACACAAGUUGGUGGUGCAAACCCCAUGCCAGUAACCACUCCAAUCACUCUGACAGUUGCUGGUGUCAACAAUCAAGUACAGCUGCCAAAACCUGCCACCCAGGUGACCCCAGCCACUAUGGAAACCAAAAGUGCUCCCACUGUCCAACCUCCUCUACUGACUCCUCAGGAAAACUCUGCCCUGGGCCCUGACUUCUUCGGUUUACGUCCAAAAAAGUCUAAGGAGCAGCUAGCCGAGAUGAAGGCCAGCUACCUGAAGCAACCGCACCCCAGCGACGGGGAAAUUGCCCGGCUCAUGAGAUUGACAAAACUCACAAAGGGAGAGAUCAAGAAGUGGUUCAGCGACACAAGGUACAACCAGCGCAAUUCAAAGAACAACCAUCUUACUGUGUUCAAUGAAAACAACAGCACCAGCAGCAGCACCACCAUAGUGAUUGACUCAAGUGACGAAACUACAGAGUCCCCCGUGUCUGGUCCCAUCAGGGAGCCACGUAAACAGUCUUGGAACCCUUUCCCUGACUUUACCCUACAGAAGUUCAAGGAAAAGACAGCCGAGCAGCUUCAGGUUCUGGAGGAAAGUUUUCAGAAGAGCACCACACCAACAGAUGAUGAACUGAAUAGGUUGAGAUCAGAGACCAAGCUAACCAGACGAGAGAUUGAUGCUUGGUUCACGGAAAAGAAAAAGGCACCAGAAUCGGGGGAAACAAAACACGAACAGAUGGAGAGUGAAAUAGCCAAAGUUACUGUCGCUAUCAAAACAGAGACACAGACUCCGUCUUCCAGUGGCAAAGCCAAGUCUGGCAGGGACAAGAGUGGCAAGAAGACCCCGGAGCAACUACAUAUCCUGAAGAGUGCAUUUGUGCGUACACAGUGGCCCUCAUCGGCUGAGUAUGAAAAGCUGUCUGAGGAAAGUGGCCUGCCCAGGGCCUACAUCGUCAGUUGGUUUGGGGACACGAGAUAUGCCUGGAAAAAUAGCAACUUGAAGUGGUAUUAUUACUACCAGAGCGGCAACAUUGGCGCUAUUAAUGGGAGUGGAUACAGGAGGAGAGGAAGAGGAAGAUCAAAAGGCAGGGGGCGAGGAAGGCCCAGAGGAAGAACAAGGGUUAUGAAGCGUUCAGCUAGCUGGAGCAGGUCCUCCCCGGUGAUGAAGUUCAAGAUGGGAAAAGACAUCCUUAAAGAGUAUUAUUUGAAGCAUAAAUUUCUAAAUGAACAAGACCUGGACGAACUGGUUUCAAAGUCUAACAUGGGCUACGAGCAGGUCCGGGACUGGUUUGCAGAGAUUCGGAGGCGAGAGGACAUGGGUGCAGAUCUGUUUGAUGACAGUGGGGAAAAUGAGGAGCCAGAGGAGGAAUCGCAGGAAGAAAACCAAGUGACAGUUGGUGGAGGAGAAGGUCAUGUUGCUGGGGGUGGUUUAGAUGAAGACGACGAUGAAACAGAUGAUAGUGACACCUGGGAGCCGCCACGACAUGUCAGACGAAGGCUGUCUAGAUCAGAUGAUUAGCAUGUAACCAGAUGCCAGAAUCACCAUGUUUUAUUUAUACUGAAGGACAGAUGUGGAUGCUGCUGUUUAUUUACAAAGACUAGACCUUCAAUUUGUUUGGGUAACAGAGAAUCACUAUUAACCCAAGAAUUAUUAUUUUUCAAUGUUCCUUUAAAAAUCAAGAGGUGAUCUACGUUGCCAAAGUCACACUGCUGCAGUCGUCCGAGUUUCUUGUGCUGUGUACAGAAUGCUGAAGGGUUUAUUAUAUCAACACGAUGAGGGAGUUUAGUCACUGAGCACAUUUUUUUUUUUUUUUUUUUUUUUUAAAGAUUUAGGGACCACUAGAUUUGGUUUUAUUCUUGUCAAAACACAAAAAAACAAAACAAAAAAAACGCUUUAAUGCUGUAGGGUGGGUAGGCCAACCGCCUGCGUUCUCUAUGUGAUUAAGCUUAUAGGUUUGCAUGCCCAAAAGUUUUACAAUGUAAACAUUUCCAGAACAGUUUCAUGAUUUUAAUUUUUUAAGUUUGUGAAUAGGAUGCAAUCUCUCUUCUUUGCAGCAUCUUCAUGUUGGGUGGGGGAGGUUGGUUUUAUUGAGAUUUUAGAAGUGCUUUAGACUGUUAAUCAACUUCUUAACACACUUUAUAUCUAAUUUAUUAUUAAUUAGUUUAUUGGAUUCUCAGACAAGAAUGGCACAUCUACCAACUGAAAAAAUGUACUCAAAUAUUGUGUAGUCCAAUUUUUUUUAUAAGGAAAAGCUGUAUUUGGGAGAAGGUGACCAAAGCUUUCAAAAAUCUAGAACUAAGACGUACAUAUAGAAAGUUGGUAGAAGAGGAAGUUAAAAACAAAUAGCUCAUUUUAAUUAUUUUCUGAAGUCGAGAGGUACUGGAAGGGGUUAAUAUAGAGCGUUGUAUGAUGCUGUAAUGGUUUUUUUAGGUUUUUGUAAAGUGUUUUUUGUUUUUGUUUUUUAAAUCCUGGAGGGACGCUAUAGUCGUUGCUUUUUUUUUCCAAGAAGUCAGAAGGUUUUGUUUUCUGUUGUACUUGCCUGUUUUUCAUGUUGCUGUCUUGAACAUAGUUAUGUUUGGAUUGUGUUUAGAGUGCACCACUUCUCUUCACAUCGGAGACUAGAGCACUGUAAUCAUUAAUACAUUUUAUUUCUAGGUGUGGUCCUGUUAGAAUUUACGGUUGUUUCUAAACAUAUUUAUUAUUUUGUGCUUCAUGUACUGCACAAAAAAUAUAUCAACAUUGUCUGUUUUCCAUUCCAUAAUUAUAACAAUUAAACAGCUGAUGUACUUUUUUUCCAUGUUCCAUGCUCUUAAUUUUUAGUCCUUGCCAAUGUUAACAGUGAUUCUGAGUAUUAAAUGGACAGACAAUCUUUAGCAAACCAAAACCUUGGACAGCAGUUUACAAUAAAUACAGCAAGACCAUGGCUAGUAAGUAAAAUGUGGUAACUCAAAGGUACUUAGGACUACGGUGGCCCAGAAGUGAAAAGAGGUAGCAAAUAUGCAGAGAAGUAGCUGCAACCAGGGGACUGAAACAUGGUAAGAGAAAGGGGUACUGACCUCAAAAACAACUGCAGACACUUCCAAAAACAGGCAUUUUGUCUUUCUGCUUUUUUAAAAUAUUUUUUCUUUGCAAUUCAGUGUCGCUGACUUCUAAAUACGUCAGCAUUCACCCAAAAAGGUAAUUUAUGGCAUAAAAUUGAACUUCCAACACAAGAUUUUACUUCCGGGGGAUAAAAUUGAACUUCUGGCAGACACUUCUAAAUAAUGGACCUGCCUAUUUUUGGAUUCGGCUGCAGUUAUUUAGAUGUUGGUCCCCUGGUUGCAGCCAUGUCUCUGUGUAGAGUGGAUACCUCGUUGAGCUGGGCCACUGUAUAGGACACGCCUGUGGAUUUCUGUUUGUAGCGUUCAAAUGUUAAACAGAGAGACCCAGGUUGUAAUAUUAAUAAAGCAAGAAAAAAAAGGCUAUUCUUUUUGUAAAUAAUAAAAUAUUGUAUGCGGAUGUAUUUGUUCAGUAGUUUUGUAUGAAUUUUAUACUUGUAACUUUUGUUUGUUGUUGGGUUGUAAAGUAAAUCUUAAUUCUAGCCAAAUCCCACGUCGUAUUAUGCAAUUGAUUGCCCUGUCCUUUUUAUACAUUUUUUUACUAAAAUUCUUGUUUUUCUACUGAUCUACCACGAAUCAAGCCCAACACAUGGAUAAAAAAAAGCAUUCUUUGGGUCACUGUGUGUUGAGUCUCCUUCAUACGUCCAUCUCUUCCUAUAUGGACGUUUUGUGACAUUGGUUAACCACUUAACCAGAGGAUACCCAAGCCAACCGGAUGAUUCUACAGAGACUUUAUUCUUAGAAAAUGUAUGUCUAAUUCACAAAGUAUAACUCAGUCAACACAGGGACUGUAAAAGGCAUUUUUACAGAUUCUGGCCGCUACAGGUGGAUGUGUGAGCUUUUAAGGUUUGGCAUACAGUUAAUCUUCAGUGUUGGUCUGUCUUUAUCCUUUCCUAUAUCACAGACUUUCAUUGCAGCUAGGUGGCCGCUUAAAAGGGUGAUUUUCCAUGUGUUUGCAAUCUGAGAAUUAUGCCAUAAUUCAAAACUACUAAAGAACAUAUUGAGUUUGCUCCUUGAUGAAUUACAAUGAAAUGUACACUUUUUGUAACGAGUUGCUGUAGCAGUUUCUGAGGAGGACAGGCAGCCAGUACUUGAAUCAAAGCAAAUAUUAAUGUUUUCUCAAGGGAAAUCUGCCUUGUUUUAUCUCUUUUUUUUUUUUUGACUGGGUAUUGAAAAGCAGUAACACUGCAAAUGUAUGGUCAUCCUUGAUAAGCAAGAGGUAAUUUAGCAUGGAUUCAUAUUUAUGAGUUUUCACGAUGAAUUGUAGUGGACCCUAGCAGUUACUUUGUCAGUGGCCUUGUGCAUUAAAAAGCAGAAGGUAAUAUUGUGAAAGUAAAAUAAAUAUUGUUUUAAAAGCCGCAACUUUGAUUUGAGUUUUAUACUGAUGUGUUUGGACAAAACAUACCUAAUAGACGGAAAAAACAAUAAUAGUAUCUGUCUGUAUUAUGAAAUUAUUAAUUUUUGAUGAAUCCCAAAAUAGUGUUUUUGUGGUUGUUUUCAGUACAACACAUUAAUAUGCCUAAAUCUAUUUCCCUUUUAAGUUUUUUCUAGUUUAGGUAUUGUUUUGCUUUGCACACAAUGGGCGCUAUUUACAAAACUAAGGAAUGUUUUUAAGGACUCUUACAUUUGUUUAGGUUAAAUAGUGCAUUGAAAAUAGAGAAUACAAUUUUAACAUUCUCUAAAGCUUUUAAUUGCAAAACUUGAUUUAAUGAGCAACUUUGUAUGAAAUAGUGGAUAUCUAAACCAUUUUUAAUUUUUUUUUUUUUAGAAUUGAUUUAUUAUUUAUUUUUGCAGGUUGAAUAAACACCAUUAGUACAAAACAAAGUAUUGCAGGAUCACAUGCAUUGUUUUGGAGCAUGUACUUUGUUAGGGAAUAAAAU